AAGCCACGUUCAUACAUUUAAACGGGUUUCUAUUUAUACUUCAAUUUAUACUGUACCUUUUAUGCGUGCUACGAUUCAAUAAUCCCCGAAGGGCGGUCCUAUUUCAAUAAAAUAAUAGGACACGAACUGUAUGGGCGAUAAUAAGGACAACUUAUAAACUAUAAACAGAAUUUGCGAUGUUUGAUAACGACCACGGCUAGUUCUAUUAUAUUCCAAACGUACAAGAUAUGCUACCUCCACUCUCCGACAUGCCGUUUAAGUUCAGAUUGAGGGCAGUCCUGAUUCUCGUUGUGGUCGUCAUGAUCACUCAGAUAUAUUUCUUCCAAGGGGCUAAUGACACUCGUAGAGGCUACAAGAAAGACCCGAUACGUCCACAAAGAACUAAACGUAUUGAGGUUAAACAAAAGGAGGUAUUCAGAGAUGUUGUUACAGUGAAAAGUCCACAUUCUGUGGUAACAGGCUGGGACCUACCUGCUCUAAACUACAGCCAGAAAUUGAAGAUCAUUGAGACAAUAAAAACCAAAGAUACUGCAUCUAUAGAAGGUAAUGGUGCAAAUAAAGCAAAGAAGGAUCUGAAUCAAAUAGUGAAAGAUAUUGAUAAGAAGAUGAAGAUACAUAUGCAUGUGAAAGACUACGAUGAUAAAGAGAGUAAAGUGAUGGAAGAUAGCAAACAAACGGGUAUUAUUAAAAAAGGUGGAUAUGAAACUCAAGACAAACCAAAGUAUGAGCUCCGUCAUCAGAAAAAUUUAACAGUGAUUGAGUAUGUGCCCUCAAUUGCCCCUGUAACUGCGGUGAACUGUGCCGCUAUUGCUAAACAGGACGCUGGGGAGACUGCCAAGGCGAAAGAAUACAUGAAAUCUCAUCCAAAGAUUCCUGUUCCAAAUGAACAAUUUAACAAAUGGAGCGCCUACUCCGAGCGAUAUAUAUGCCUCAAAACUAUUACUGCAUCCACGUUGAUAAGAAGAUGGUUGUAUUUUAUCAAUCUCACAGCUCAGGAAUUCCCACUUAAAACAAACUAUGAGAUUGUUAGGAUACUACAAGCACUUAAUGGAAAUAAUGAGAUAUUUGGUUCAGUAAAGAACCGAGAACCUUGGAGAACAGACUGGGUUUGGGACAUCCAUUACAACGCUACUGUCAAGGAUGUCGUCUUCCAGCGUCUCCCUAUACGUCACAGUCCACCGCCAUUCAACCUCAUUAUUCAUAAAGGCUCCUUACAUGGUGCAUUCACUAGAAACUUCGUCCAGUUUAUGAUGGAGACGGACGUGGGCCAACAGUUCUCUGAAUGGUGCAAGGAUACAGCCAGGGCCUCUGAGCAUUAUUGGAAUACGCUGAACUUUAAUACACAUAUCGCUGUCCCUGGCGGAUUCAAUGGUCCAGAUGAAGAAAAGGAGUACCAUUACUGGCACUCCAUUAUUCGUGCUAAACACUGGAAGGGUUAUCUAGAUCGGAAGAAUUCCAUAGAAACAAAACAAAAGUUACUUAUAAGCAACCAUUUGAUGAUAGUUUUUACAGGAGUCUACCAACAGCAAAAUAUGGACGUGGUAAUGGUUUGACUUAAAACAAUUUAUUUGGACUUUUGUUUUACUAAAGUGAUUCCAGUUUAUCAGACAUCAGCAGCAACGUUGUUCCAACGAUUACCAAACCUUGUAUGACACGUCUUGAGGGUCUGAGGAACAGCUUCAAACAUCAUUGGGCUGGGUUUAUAGUCAGACCAACGCCCCAGUUUAGAGCAUGGGAUUUGCAUAAAACGUUAGAGGGUACAGUUAGGCCAGAGUCACAUUUGUGCUUCAAGGUCACUGAAGGCCAAUUAGCAGUGUCAAAAUAUGGAGGUUUUAGAAAGGUAUAGGUUGAUUAUAAAGCCUUGACAUCCUCAUUAAAAUAAUACAUAAAUAUAGACUAUUUAAAGGUCGGUGUCUCUGUCAUGUUAAAUGUCAAUACUAGUAUAUACGUUUUGUAUUAAAGUACUCAGCGAUCAUGGACUCAAGAUCACAUGAUAGGUAAAACUAUUAUUUUUAGUGUAUUUGAAAUGUGAAGGGUACAAAUAAAACCAUGUAAUUUUAA